AUGUCAGCUCAUGCCGCCAGUGCCAACGAUGACAUUAUUACCCAGAUCGAGAAUGCCUUCGGCGACAAUGCAAGUUCCGGCAGUCCUCAGGAGACUCCUUUCGAGAGUGACGAGGAGGAGAGCAAUGGGCAGAGCAUCGCCGAGAACCCCAUGUUCCAAUCCGUCAGCGGUGGUAACAACGGCAACCUCUUCACACCGUCACUAGACACUUUUCAAUUGAUACCGCUGCUGAAUCCCGGCUUGCCAGUUGUGAAUAACAAUAACGGCAACAAUAACAACAACGCGGAGUGGACGGUCUUUGACGACGAGGAUGAUGAAUCAGACAUUGAGGACGACAGUCUGCUUGACACAGAGUCGGACGCGCCGGACUCGGUCAGCGAUCCUGGCGACGACCAUGCGCCGCCCCGAAUUGCGACAUGGCGGCUGAACCUUACCGCUUUGUCCCAAAUCUACAACUUGUAUUUUACCGCCUAUCGGGAUCAGAUUCACAUAUCAAGGCCUAGAAGCUGCGUCACGAGCCGUCUUCCACCCGUGGCAGACUUUGUGCUGAAGCCCGGUCCGAGUCCUGCUGGUCUGGCCGUUGGUGGUGCCGUGGAUGAGUCUCUUCCGCACCAGGUCAACCACCUGGUCAUUGGAAACCUCGGAGAGGACGAGAUCUUGCUCAUGGCCUACGACGAUGGGGAUGUCAUUGCAUAUUACACUCGGCAUAUCGAGGAGGCCGUGAGACAAAAGGGUGUGUCCCGACACACGACCAGCGGGAUAAAGCCACCAACGCCGUUCUUCCAAGAGAACGUAGGCAAAUCUGCGUGGGGCCUCGCUAUACAUAGUCAAUCGAGGCUGAUUGCCGUGGGCAGCAACCUGCGGAAAGUCGAUGUCUUUGCCUUUGCCCUUGCGGGACAGCCAUGCGCCUCGCUGAGCCCUAACCUAGCCCAUGAGCCACCUGAGCUUUUCAGGCGGAUCUAUUGGGACUCGCUGAGGACGAUCAACAUGAACAUUGGGUUUCUUGCGCACCUGGUCGACCCAGCUGAUCCGAACACAUAUAUCUAUCUGGCAGCUGUCGAGGCCUCGCUUGCCAGGCGCGACGCCAACUGGCAUAUGACCUUUGAUACUGGCGCCGAGGGCCACAACAUCCCCAAUGUCACAUUCAGCAGCAAGCCAAAUGGUGACGCGGACAAGGUGGUGGCCGUCGACGUUAAGGGCAACAUUUGGCUGAUGGACCUGUGGAGCUUGGACAGUGGGCCAUAUACGAGAAUCGAAAGCAUCCGGAGGCGCCAGGCACCGAGAUCUAGGUGGUCGUUUUUCCGAGAUGAUGUGAGACCACGAGGUUGGGGAGUUCUCGUGCUGCCAGAGAGCAGUUUCCUGCCUACCAGCAGGACGUUCACGGAACUGGUGGGGAUCAAAGAGUCACAGGCCAAGUACGCCUACAGCGACAAGAUCGGCCGGUUCGUGGAUAUCAGCGCCGGCGCGGACGGCAUCCUGGGGAGUUCUGGGCAGCAUCCGUGGCAGAGGAACGGCGAAGAUCACCGGUUCGCUUUUAAUCAGCACGACCGCGGCGACCAGGCAUAUGCGCGCCCUUGGUUCGACUUCCACGGGCAAGGGUGGCCGUCGUCGUCAACCUUGCUGUCAUCGCCCUCUACGACACUGAGUCCGGCUUCCGCGAGAAGCCUUGCCUCUCCGAAAAGUCGCGGGUCGCCAUCCCGUCGUGCCGUCAAGCACGACUCGCCCGGCGGUGCUGCACGCGGGGAGUUUCCCCAGGCCAGUGCGCACAGAGCCGUUCCAGUCCUCGCGGAUGGGAGCAGCAUCAUGCGCACGUACGAGCUGGAUGUUGAACUGCGUAGCCAUCUCAGAGAUGACGGCGUGGGCAUCAUGUUUGAGGAUGCCAUCCGGCAGACACGUCCGGCGGGCGCCUUCAUCCCGUCCAUGCGCGUCUCGCACGAGCGCUUGAGCAACCUACUCCAUAUCCCAGAGCUGUGUCUCGUCGUGGCGGCAAGCAUGUGCGGACGCGUCGCACUAAUCACGCUGACACGGCCCGCGUCUUCUUCGGGUCGCCCAUAUUCGUCGUCGUUGUCGUCGCCCAACGCCACCGCCACCAACCCCUUCUCCUCCUCCUCGCCUCGAGUAAGACCGACGACACCGAUGACGACGCCACGCAAAGGAAGCAGCCAGCGAGCUGGAUUCGAUGCAGAUGUGCCUUUUGCCAGGGGCUUCAAGAUCGAGCGGAUCCUUCCGACCGAGGAGGACGAGGACAAGAGGCUGCGACCCAUGUGUCCGCUUCUCGGCGUGGCGGCUUCGCCCGUGCCCUCGGACGACGUGCGGCGGUUCGGCGGUGCCCGGUCUGGCUCGAGCGCGGCGUGCGAGGGUUGGCCGAGACGGUACAGGCUGAUGCUGCAGUACUAUGAUUUGCGCAUCCUGAGCUAUGAAAUCAGCAGGGGGGACGCUGAUGGGUUAGCGAUUGUAUGA